AUGGAUAAACAAAAAAGGGUUAAUUGGGAAAGUGGAGAGAAAGAGCUACUAACUGAAAUCGUCACACCAUUUAUCAAAGUGAUUGAAAAUAAAAAUUGUGACACAAAUACGAAUAAGUCAAAACUAGAAGGGUGGUCACAAAUUUAUAAAGAAUAUAAUGGUAAUUCAAAAACUCAAAGAACAUUACUGCAAUUUAAAGGCGAAUGGAAAAGAAUGAAAAUAGUUGCCAAAAAAAAUGUUUCGUCAUAUAAACAAAAUUUAAAACAAACUGGAGGAGGUCCUCCACCAGAAUCAAUAAACAAAUUAGACAUGACAUUGCAGUCUUUAAUGCCAAUGGACUUUAUUAAAGAUGCAAACGAUUUUGACUGUGACAAUGACGGCUCAACUAAAAAGGUGUAG